AUGAAAAUGAUAUCAACUGACCUGACUAUGCGAGUGUUUGCAGAAUCAAUUGAAGACGAAUUGAACUAUGUGCAGUCUGCAAGAAGCAACUAUUACAAUAAUGGAUUCCCAUUUGGCUUCAAUCCUCAACAAUUUUUGAAGUUUGGUUCUCAGUCUUCUCCAGUUGCAUCUUCGAGUAGUUCAUUCCAACCAUUAAAACAAAUCAACUCAAAUGAAUACAUAGUACCUUAUCGUCGACAUAAUACUCAUGAUAUUGGUCAAGAUCCAAAAUAUCCUAGAAUAUGCACAAACAAUAAGUCGUAUUCGGCACCAAGAACAUCAUCAUUAUCAUCAUCAUCAAAUAAGCUACCUAAUGGGUAUUCCACGUAUGGGAGGUGCAGAUCUUCUUCCUCUUCUUCAACAUCAUCAUCAAUAUCAUCAUAUGGACAAACAUCUAAAGCGAAAAACUAUGGCUUAUUCAAUAAAUAUGCCGAUCCUUCAGUAAUGGCAACCUCAGCUUCUGAAAAGAUGAAACCAUCUACUACUUCUAACAACAAUAGCAUAUUGGACGAUUCUACUUAUGAUGAUACUUAUAAUGUAGAUCUUCUCGCUUCAAACUCACGAUUUGAAUUGACUUCGUUAGUUGAAGAAAGCUCGGCCAUAUCAACGAAUCAUAAUCAAUCGUGCACAAAUUUGAAUUUGAAUUCUGCCCCACCAUUUUUCGAUAUUACGAUUGCAAAUGAAGAUAAUGAUGAUUUGAAUUUCGGUUAUGAUAUGGAGUUUUUAUAUUCAUCUCAGACUGAUGAAGAUAUUUUAUCUUUAGAAGAAAAUGAAAAGUUAUUAAUGGAUUUACCCUUACAAAACUCAAAUAUGGCGGCACUAAAUAGCCAUGAUACUAAAUUAUUGUUUAAAGGAGAAUUUCCGAAUGAUGAUUAUGAUUUCGUUGAAGAGGAUGAUAAUAAAGAAGUUAACAGAAAGGAUUAUGAAUAUGAUGAAUCCUUUAGUGAUGAUUAUAUAGAUUAUCAAAAAUCAGCUUCAUCAGCUUCAUCUAUCUUUGCAUCCCCAUUUGAUGAUAGCUCAAUUGUUACAAAGCCAGCAAUAAAGAAGAAUAACAACUUGUCCUCAAAAAAGGUGGCCACCAAUAAACUAUCGAAAUCAAAAUCCUCAAACAAGGAAAACAAAGAACAUUUAUCAAAAACUACUGAUAAUAAUAAAAGCUUAAGUAAUAAGAAGAAAUCUGAAGUCUCGAUACCAAACUGUCAAUAUUCAAACGAAAUCUAUAUGUGUUCAAUCAUUAAUUCCAAGACAAAAGAAUUAUGUGGUGCAAAAUUCUCGAGAACAUAUGAUCUAACAAGGCAUCAAAAUACAAUUCAUGCUAAAGAAAGAACUGUAUUUCGCUGUUUACAAUGUAUUAAAUUAUUUGGAGGCGUGGGUCAAGAAAAGACAUUCUCGAGGUUGGAUGCCUUAUCAAGGCACUUGAAAACUAAACAUAUUGAUUUAACUGAUUUUCAAAGGAAAGAAGUUACAAAAUAUGCCAAAGAACAUAUCACUUAUAUUACUGCUUGA